AAAUAUCUGGCGACAAAACGUUGUUGUGCUGCAAUUGAAAAGAUGUUCAGAAACAAAAGAACUUAUUUUUCAGCAGUGACAGCGCCCACUGCAGUCAAAGUGAGAAACAGCAAGACGCUUGACACAUUUGCAGUGGAGUCGUUGCUAACUGAGUUUAUCUCAAAUGUCGAACUGAGACAAAAGAUGGUAUUGCUCUCAAGCACACAUUUCAGUGAUCCUCAAGAUACCAAAGAUGAGACGAAUCCAGUGUCAUUAGCUACCCACAGCAGUUCGGUUUUGAAUAGAACAAUUUUGACCCAAUUAAAGAGAGUGCAGAGGGAGUUAAGAGGAUUACCUCCCACUUUGGAAUUGCCCAACACUUUCAAUCGCAAUAAAAACAGCAAAAAGAACAAGCAACCAACUGUUACAAUAAUAGAAAAUGAAACACUAUCCGAUAUUAACGAGAAAACUAGCACAAUUGAAAUUAUCAAUAUUGACAACAAUGCUGGUGAUGAUCAACAAGAGUCCAUUGAGAAAAAAGUUAAACUAAAUCAAGAAGUUUCGAACAGUAGAAAACGUCUGCGUUCUCACGAUGACGGUCACAAUUCUGGCAAAAAAUCAAUUUCAAAGGAAGAAAGAAAAAGAAAUAAAAGAGAAAAGAGAAAAGUUGUUAAAAAGAAAACUAUUGAAAAAAAAACACUCAAAAACAAGCUAGAGGCUGAAGCUGUAACUAGGAAUGAAGAUGUUAAAGUUAAAGUGGAACCUAUAAAGAAAUAAAAUAUUUUCAGUUCAACUGAUCAUUAUUGUAUUUAAUAUAGAAAUUAAAAAUAAAACUAAACUAAAAUUAAAUCUUGAACACAAAACAAAAAGAAUUAAAGUGCAAAUAACUUGAACUAAUCUAUUGGUUUUAAAAGGGAAAACAAUUUUUCAGAAAGUUAAGCAAUUCACAAAGUUAGUCUAUAAAAAAACUAAUCACUUUAAAAACAAAACAAAACAAAACAAAACAAAAACAGAAAAAAAC